AUGAUUGAGAAAGAAUCGGAAACGGCAAUUACUACCAAUGAAAAGAUGAAAUAUAGUUUAGUGACUGCAGAAGAGGCACUGAAAGAAAUUACUAAAACAGCAAAAGAAAUGAACGAAAUACUUGGUCUACCAUCAACAACAUUGGUCCGAUUAAUACUCAAUCAUUUUCAUUGGGAUAAAAAUACCCUAACAGAGGAAUAUUACGAAAAUCCUGAAAAGCUAUUCUGCACACUUAAUGUUGCAAAUCCGUAUCUUUCACCAUCACUUCAGUGGAAUCCUCUUUCACCAGCUAUCGGCCCAUCAACGAAUCCCGUACUUAACACUACUGAACAGCCAACCACUGCUGGCAAUGCAGUUUGUCGAACCUGUUAUUCUGAAAAAUCAAUUGCUGAGUUUUAUUCACUCCCAUGUCGACAUCAGCAUUGUUUGUCCUGUUGGCAAAUCUAUCUUCAAUCGAGUAUAUAUCAAACCGGCUGUGGGCAGCCUGUUCAUUGUCCAUCCCGUUGUAUUCAAAUAAUCGACGACGAACAAAUAUUGAAAUUAUUAGCUAAUAAUCCUGAUCUUCAGGAACGUUAUAAAAAGCAUCUAGUGGAUGGAUUUGUUCAAACAAAUCGUCUGACACGUUGGUGUCCAGGCAAUGGAUGUACGAUGAUAGUCAAAAUGAAAACUUAUUCGCCGAAGUGCGCACAGAUGAUCGAAUGUGAUAAGUGUUCGAGUGUGUUUUGUUUUCAAUGCUCGAAACAAUGGCAUGACCCAGUUCUAUGCUCCGUAUUACAAAAAUGGGAACAGAAGAAUCAGGAUGAAUCAAUGAAUGGGAAAUGGAUUAUCGCAAAUACCAAAGAAUGUCCGAAAUGUCAUUCCAGUAUCGAAAAAAAUGGUGGUUGUAAUCAUAUGACGUGCAGAAAACCUGGCUGUGGUCACGAAUUCUGUUGGUUAUGUUUUGGUAAUUGGAACGGACAUCAACAAUGCAACGUUUACAGACAAGAAGAAAUCGAAAAAAAUCAAUCUGAGGCUCGAGAAGCCCUCGCUCGUUACAUGCACUACUAUACACGAUAUCAAUCACAUAAUCAAUCGCUCGAAUUUGAAGAGAAACUAUCAGAUCAAGUAAAACAACGUGUACAAGAAAUGCAAGCAGAAGGGAUGACCUACACCCAACAACAAUCUGUUCAGAAAGUUUUCGCUGUUCUUCAACAAUGCCGGCGAACACUAAAGUAUACAUAUCCAUUUGCAUAUUAUUUAGAACGAAACAAUCAGUCAGAGAUCUUCGAGCAAAAUCAAGCUGAUCUCGAACGAGCCACAGAGACUUUAUCGGAAUUUCUGGAGAAAGAAAUUACUGCUGAUCCAGAUGCUAUCGUAGCAUUGAUGAAUAAAACAAGCUAUUGUGAUCAACGACGAAGAAUCUUACUAGAUCAUUGCAAAGAUGGAUAUAGUAAGAAUUACUGGGACGGAAUCGAUCCAAAUUAG